ACUUUACCACCCUAUGACAACCACAUAAUGGUUCCCAUGGUGUCACCAUAAUACCAGCUAGAGCGUAACAUUAACAUAGCUUGCCUGCCAGUCAUAGAUUAGAGCCAUAAGCACAAAACCAUGUGCGACUGCCUUCCUUCCUCCCCCAUCUCACUUUCCUUGUCUAAUAUUCGUGAAUUACCUCUUUUGAGCAGACCCAUUGCCAUUCUCAAACCUUUUCAUCCUUUAAACCCUUGGAAGAAGCUAUUCAAUGCUUCUAGAAACGACAUAUCUCUUUUGUGCAUUCCCAGUGUAGAGUCUAUUACAAAAAAGAAGGUGUUAGGGUCAGACAAUAAUCAUGGAAUUACUAGGGACGGAGAUGAGGAGGACUAUUUCGAUUUCGAGACUGGUCGUACACAAGAAAAGCAGAUUUCCUCCGAGUUUUUGGAUUUGACGGGUGGGGUGGCAGAUGAGAAGGAAAUUGGAAAAGGUAAGGUGAAAUUGGAGGAUGGGAAUGGUGAAGUUGAGGAGAAGUUGAGUAGGGUUAGUGGAACAUUUGGGAUUAAGAAUGGGAGACAAGUGAUAAGGAGGUCGAACUUGCUAGCGAAGCAAGUAAUCAGCAUACGAAAUGCUUUGGCUUUGGGCUUCGUUUCUCAGCUUUGGGUUGACACCACCUCUUGGAAUGUAUUGUUCGUAGAAGUGAGGCCAAGCUUGCUAUCUGGGGAGUCUGAACGUUUUCUUUUGGAGGAUGUUAGACAAGUCGGUGAUGUUGUGCUUGUUGAGGAUGAGACAGUGAUUGAAAAUGAAUUUAAAAUGGUUGGAUUGGAGACGUUGGUAGGGUACAAAGUUGUAACACCAGGUCGGCGGAAUAUUGGCAAGGUGCGUGGAUAUACUUUUAAUAUUAAUUCAGGGGCUAUUGAAUCACUAGAGCUUGAUUCUUACGGGAUCUCAAUCAUCCCCUCAAGUUUGGUUAGUACAUAUGCUUUGCUUGUUGAGGAUGUGCUGGAAGUUCUCUCUGAUGCUGUUGUGGUACAUGAAGCUGCCGCUUCACGAAUACAUAGAUUGACCAAGGGAUUUUUGGACUCUCAUAAUGCGGGUUCCUCUAUGGACAUUCUUCUAGACGAAUACUCUGAUUUUGAAAGACCUUUAAGAGACACUAAAAGUAAAUUUCGUAAAUUAAAUAAAGAGAUGGAGGAUGACUGGGAGCUUCCAAUGGAUUACUUGUGAGCUAUCUUCUGUCUUAACAGAAUAGAUACAAAGGAUGGGUUAGGGAUUUCUUAUCUUCUGUGCCUUUAUUCUUUUUGGUAUACUUGGUUGUUAUGGUACGUAUAAAUAAACUAUAAAAUAACAAAAUUGUUUGUAAAUUGUAAAUGUUAUGCGCUCUAAUCUGAUGUACCGAAGUCAACUUUCUGCUGCAAGAAAAAUGCAAUAUUAGUUUCUAAGGAUUGGCGUGAGGAAAUGUAAUACCUCUUGUAUAUUUUCGUGCACACGCCUAAUUGCUCAACAGUUAUAUAUUUAUAGAUUUAUAGAGAACUACAUUCUAAUGGCAUUA